ACGGAAGAUCAGCUUCGAAUCGUUCUUCAGGUGUGUGACAGGUAACAGUGAAAGUUGUUCUUUUAUAAUGAAGGGAGAUGCAGUUUUAUUUAUAGCGCUUGGCGUGAUUUUUCUGACGACGAGUAAAUCGUUCGGCAAACCAACAGAAACAGUGGAAACUUCCGAUGUGCCGGAUCCGAUUGCAUCAUAUGUGAAUACUUCAUCUAAACUCGAUACCAAGAGAGAACAGAGAUCGCCACAAUUUGGUUUGUUAGGCGGUAGCGAUUAUUCCGACUAUGAUUACGGCGCACGCCAUUUUGGAAGCAGACGAAAACAUCACCACAAACCAUAUCAUGGUUUUGGUGGAGGUUGCCGUGGUUAUAACUGCGGCGGAGGAUGGCAACCGGACUACGGUGGCCAUCACCACGCUGGACAAGGAGCGUCUUUCGCUUCGGCAUCGGCAGGAUCUGUAAGUGGAGGUGGUCCUUACGGUGGAGGACACAGCCAGGCCAAUGCACAGAGCGCGAGUUUCAACAUCGGACCUUUCUCAGCCACAUUUAGCGCUGCUCAAUCCUCGGCAGGAAACACCGGAUUCUAAAUUUAUAAAAAGACAAGAAAUUACGCGGCGACCUCCAAGUGCCUCUAAUUUAUUUCACCUUCAUCGUCCCUCCGCUAUCAUCGUGUGGGCCCAUUGUUUACAAACAUUCUACGUCACUAGGACCAAGUAAAUAAGCCUAACCGCGCGCGAGCCACCCUCUUGCCUGAGAUUUCCUGAGAGAGCAAGUUUCCUUUGUCCGCAUGCCAGCCACCAGAUGUUCCCCAAAAUAAAACCGACAAAAUUUCGCAACGUAGCGCCGCGCGAUACGCGCAGGAACGAGCGAAACGAAGAACAAAUCUGUCGUGCGAGGAAUAAGGACGAAAGGAUUUUGAGUGUACGAGGAGGAGAAGAAGUCGCGAGACCACGGAGGGUCGCUUGGAUAAACGGCACAAAGGGAUAGGAAGCCAAAGGGAGAAAGGGCCGUGUAAAAGAGCGAGAGCCUGAAAUCGCGAUCCGAAAAGCCCCGUGCAAUGACCGGGCGAUGCUGCACACGCGAACCUCGCCGCGGUGCAACAUCCUCCGAUUCAGGGAUAAGUUCUCUUCUCCCGUGAAGGAGCGGCGACCUAUCGAGAACCGAUGCGCGCGGAAUGCGUUUGCUGAAGAGCGUCGCAAAUAUCCGGCAAAACGUAGUUCAACAAUUUAUUUAUUUUUCGCGGCAAAAAACACUCGAAUCAAUCUUGCAAUUCUAGCGAUAUAUUAUUGCUAAGAACACAUGUUUAACUGGUUUACUAAAUUUUUUUAUUGCGUAUUAAAGCGUGUGAACGUUUGUGGGAGAAUAUUUCGUCAAAAGAAGCUCAACAUGCAGCAAAGAAAAUGGAAAUAUUGUACUAUACUCACAUGUUUGUUAAAAGCAAAUAUUUGCUUUUAACUAAAUAUACUGAUGUGACUUUUUAUACUUAUAUGCACAUAAAAUAAAUAAAUAAUAUAUAUUGUUA